AUGACCAUCACCAACACUCCCUCCUCCUCCUCCUCCUCCUCCUCUGCCCUCAACCUGGACGCCCUCCCUCCUCCUCCUUCCCCAACCCAAGCCCCGAGCAACCCAUCAUCAGCAUCAGCUACCCACCCUCCUGCACAGUCCUCUGCUGGGUCCUCCCUCUCGGACCCAUCAUCCGUGGAGGAUCGCCGCAGGAGGGAGAGCAGCACCAGAGCCUGGGUUGCAGAGCAGGAGCGCAGGAUGGAGAUGGAGAUCAUCAGGACCAUCUGCUCCGGCCGCGGCGACUCGCUCAAGCCGAAUUCCGGCACGGCCAUCACCGUCGGGGAGCACUACGUCUGCGUCCGCUCCUACGACGGGUCCGACCCGAACUACCGGACGUGGGAGUGGCACGGGCACGUCAUGACUGGCGAGGACAAUGGGUUCGUGCCCGAGCGCAUCUACGGGAGUUACCUCGAGAGGUUGACCGAGGAAAGUUGGUGCGACGAGGAGGAAGACGAAGAGAGAGCUGAGGAUUCUACCUUUCCCAUUGUCAUUGGGAACGUGAACUUGAGGUUGAAGAGGUUCGACUGACAAGUUAGUUCAGAGCUGUAAAACUAAUCCACAAGUUGUAAUACUACAAUCCAGAAUUGGCGACCAUUCUUUCCUUUCAGCGAGAUUCACCUAUUGGACAUACAAUUGGAGUUCUCCCCUCAAUGUUUCGAAUUUCAAAGGACAAGUUCACAAAAUAGAAAUACCGCAUUCGCUAUACUCUUGUUUUGAUUCUUCAUUUCUAUCAAGCAUUACCAACAGAAAACUUUUGCAUUCAUCCUCUAUGUUGUAAUUUUUAUGCGACUCUGAAACUGCCUGGUUUACAGCUGCUAACUGUAAAUUGU